AUGGCACAAAAUCACUACCAAUGGGGAAGCGAAAGAGCUACUAUGGAAAAAUAUCACACGAAGGGCGCAAUGGUUGAAGUGAAUAGUUUAGACCAAGUUAACGCAAAAGUGGAAGCCCUAACCCAGAAGUUAGAAAACCUAACCACAACUCCUGCAGCCACCGUGGCUCAAGUUGCUCAAAACUGCGAUCUAUGUGGACUUCAGUCGCACUUUGCUCCAGAAUGUCCACUCUUAACAGGAGUUCCAGCUGAGCAAACGAAUUACGUACAGGGAAAUCCUUAUAGCAAUACCUAUAACCCUGGUUGGAAGAAUCAUCCAAACUUUUCUUAUAAGAGUAACAACGCUUUAUAUGCUCCUGGGCAAGCUCCCUCUACUCCACCCGAUUAUUCAAAAACUCCUAAUCAUCCUAAUAAUGGUCCUAAUACUUCCAACGUUCCUAGGAAAUCAAAUCUCGAGAUUAUGAUAGAAAGUUUCAUUGUGUCUCAAUCUCAAAUUAAUAAGGGUUUUGAAAAUCAAAACAUACACACUAAUGAACAGAUGAAACAAACCAAUGAUCAGCUAAAACAUUUAUCCAACAAAAUUGAUGCAUUAGCAACUCAUAAUAAGACGUUAGAAACUCAAAUCACUCAAGUAGCACAACAGCAGGCGGCUAUAGCUGCCCCAGCUGGCUCAUUUCCUGGACAACCUCAACCAAAUCCUAAAGGACACGUAAAUGCUGUAAUCCUAAGAAGUGGAACCAACUAUGAUGGACCUGCAGAUCCUAGGAUUGAUAAUUCGGCCAUGAGACAAAACCCUAUCAAACAAACAGAAAAGAAAGAUAAACCUGAGGAAGAAAGUAAGAAAGAUACUGAUAAUGAGGCCGUUGAAAAAGAAGAACCUUAUGUGCCUCCACCUCCUUAUAAACCACCCAUUCCUUAUCCUCAAAGACUAGCUAAGACUAAAAACGUAGGACAAUUCAAAAUAUUUGUAGAACUUCUGAAACAAUUAAAUGUUACAAUUCCUUUCACAGAAGCAAUAACUCAAAUGCCAUCCUACGCAAAAAAUUUAAAAGAUAUACUAUCUAACAAGAAAAAGUUGGAGGAUAACGAAAAUGUUACACUUACUGCUGAGUGUAGCGCGAUAAUUCAAGAUGAGAUGCCUCCUAAACUCAAAGAUCCUGGUAGUUUCUCUGUACCUUGCGUAAUUGGAAAAUUUGUCAUCGAUAAAGCCUUGUGCGAUUUAGGAGCUAGCAUCAGUGUAAUGCCUCUAUCCAUAUGCUCAAAACUCGAUAUGGGAGCAUUAACACCAACUAAAAUGUCUGUUCAACUAGUUGACCGUUCUGUCAAAUAUCCUGUAGGAAUUUUAGAGAACGUCCCUAUUCGAAUAUGA